CUCCAUCACUCCGUUUGGUCAUUCCCAGCUGAAAAAGAAGAGAAAGCAUAGCAAUUCGCCAAAGAAACAACCACCACCACCCGAUCUCCAUGGAAGUCUACGGUGACCUCGAGGCCGGCUGCCUCAGCCACUCCGCCUCGCCCCUGAAGCCGGCAUCCUCGUCGAGGAAGCCCGUCCGCUUGUUCUGCGACCCGUGCGACGACACCGACGAUCUCCUCGGCCACCGCCACUACCUUGACAUCUGCUGCAGCUGCCGGAAGCUCAUCGCCGGAAACAGAGACAUCUUCAUGUACAGAGGUGACAUGCCCUUCUGUAGCGAGGAGUGCAGGCAGGAGCAGAUCGAGAUCGACGAGGCGAGGGAGAAGAGGUCGAAGCAGACGGGGAGGGCGGAGGAGCAGCGGCAGAGACAGCAGAAGCAGAGCCCCCAGAGGAUCCCGGUCUGGGCGUGGUAGUAAGAAAUUUUGGCCACCGAAAACGUAGGAUUUAGCAGCAGUUCAAGGAGGAAAGCUUGGUGAGCUGGGUUAGCCCAGAUCCACGCUUCCGUCGUCAGUUCGACUGGCGGCGACAAUCGGCAGGAGGGUGGGCGGCAAAUCGUCUGUGGCCUUUUGUAUCCCAAAGUCCAAUAGGCUGGCUCUUCCUUUUGAUCUCCGAAGAUGGAGAGAUGAAGAGUCAAUCUUGUGUCUGAAUUAUCCCCGGUUUUUAUUUUGUUCCUUUGCACACUAUUGCACUUUUGCACCAAAAUGAAAAGUGCGUGUGGGGGUGCAUCCGGUGUCGCGUAAGGUGUAUAACCUGUUGAUAUGAAAGAAAUGAGAGGCAUAACAGAAAGUUCUCUCAAGUUUCUCAUUA